AUGAGCAACUCUAAUCAUAUUGAAGAAUAAAUAACAUAUCCAAAUAAAAUAAAUAGUGAAUCUAAAAAUCAGGAAGAUGGAUUAGAGAGAAGCGAAUCUGAAAUUUUGAGAAUUAAAUAUGAAAAAGAAAUAAAUUUAAAUAAAGCACUUGAUUUAAUGUACAAAUCUAAAAGAUCUUAUUAAGGCUUUAUUAUGGAUAUUUAAGAUAGAAAUUUUGUCAAUGAAUAGCUUAAUCAGUUUAAAUUUUUUCAAGAUAUUAUUUAGAAAUGCAGGAUUAAAACCUUUUCUGAUAUAUGUUUGGAACAUCUAAAUAUUGAAAUAUUUACAGAAGGAAACAUCCUAUUUCACAAAGGAGAUUCGAUUGAUAAAAUAUAUAUUAUCGCUAAUGGAGAAGUUGUUAUUUAUUCUGAUAAAUCUAACAAAGAAUUGCUUUAGGAUUAAGCUAAUUUUAAAAAAAAUAAAUUGAAAAGCACAUCUGCUUAUGAUAAAAUUUUUCUUAAAAAAAAUAUAAGAAAGCUAGAAUAUAUAUCGUAAGGUGUGCUUACAGUAAAAAAUACAAAUAAACUAAGAGUUGGUGAUUAUUUUGGUGACUCUCGCUGGCCUAAAGAGUAAAAAGUAAUACAAGACAGUGUUUAUGUAGCUUGUUAAAAUUUAAAAGCUAUUACCAUUUAUAAAGACAUCUUUGAAAAUCUAAUUGAUUUAGCCUUGGAUGAAAAAUCUAAAAAAAAACUUAGUUUUUUCAAGCAACUUCUUCCUUCUUCUCCUCUUUUGCAUCUUGUGUAAUUCAUUCAUUACGUGAAAGAAAAAUCUUAUAAAUACAAAGAGUUCAUAUUUUAGGAAAACGAACCUUCUCCAAAAUAUUUGUAUGUGAUUAAUGAUGGAGAAGUUACUAUUUAAAUUCAUCCUUCUGAGGAGCUUAAAAAAUAAUACAGAACAAAAGUAGAGCUUGCAAUUUUAUCUAAAUUUGAAGUUUUUGGGGAUGAACCUCUAUUAGGAAUAUCUAGGAGGACUGAUGCUUAAUGCAGAAUUAAAUAAGGAGCAAGUGUUUAUUAUUUCAAAGCAAAGGAUCUAAAAAAAUAGUCAGAUUUGAAUGAAUAUAUUCUUAAACUUUUAGAAAGAAAUUCUAAACUUAAGUCUGAAUUUUAGCAAAGCCAUCUAGAAUAAAUAAAAAUGAUGAAUGAAGAAAUGGAAAAGUAAAAUGAACUAUUUUUUAAGAAAAAAGAAACUAUCAUUGAUUAAAUACUAACAGAAAUAACAACAAACACAUAAAAAAAGACAAAUAAAAAUAUGGGUUUGUAUGUAGAUUAAACUAUUGUUGAGUAAACUUACGAUGUUGUACCAAAAUCUGUAGAAGACAAAAAGUUUUUUAGCAGGACUAAUGUCUUUACUUCGCAUGAUUCAAAAUAAAAGUAGAGCACUAUUGAUAUUGAUUUUCAUAAGCGAACAAGAUUGUUUUCUUCUUUAAGUCAAAGAUAAAGUAGCUUAAAUAAUUCUUAUGAUAAUUGUCAAUCUAUCAAUGCUAGCUUAAAUAACAAAAUAUAUAAUAUUAUUUAAGCUAAAAAUCAUUUGGAAGUAGAUAACAAUCAUAAUAAUACUUCAUAGUUAACUACUGACAAUACGAGAAACAAUUCUUAGAUAUUUAGAAACCAUUUUAUUUAAAACUCUUAAACAACAUUAAGCACUAAUUCGAUAGCUUAAGUUUUUGAUAGCAAUUAGCAGUAAAAUAGUAUUAGCUUAUUUAUUAAUAACUUGCAUAGGAGAAAAUCUUAAAGUGUUUUUAUAAGUCAUGGAUUAAAAGAAUCAAUUUUUCAAGAAUAAAAUGACGAAGAAGUUUUAAAUAACUUUUCUUCAAUUGAAAAAAUGAGAAAUGUUAAAAUAACUAACUACAAUAAACUUUGUGAUACUUAAAGGAUAUUAGAUGUUAAAGAAAAGUCAAAUUCUCCCAAGAAUUUAUAAUAAGAUUGCUAAAAGGAAGAAUAAAUAGUUAAAUCAUAAAAAAGUUUGAUUAUAAAUACACCACCUUCUCAAUAAAAGUGUAGUUAGAGUCCUAGCAGAAAAUCUACAAUCAGUCCUUUUCUCACUAAUUAGCAGCUUCGACAAUAAUAAUUAUCAUAAAAUUAAAGUUAUUUGUCAAAUUAAAAGCACACAAAAUAUCCUUUUAUGAUUCGUAUGCAACACAUAUAUGAUAAAAUGAGAAUCGAAGAUUAAUCUUUGGAUAAGUUUAAUUCAAUACAAACAUCUCGUACAGAAAAUUAAUAAAGUGCUGCAAAACAACGAUAUAUAAAAUCAUAAACUUCUGGAUAAAGAUCUAAAGAACCUACAUUAUAUCACCACUAAAUUGUCUCUGCAAAUCAAAGUCCUACAAAUAUUUAAUUUAGAUAAAUAAAUGAUAAAAAUUUUUCUAACAUAAAAAAUUCAUUUUUUACUAAAAAGCAAUAAAACAAAUUAAAAAAUCUAAUUUUUUCAGGGGAUAAUUUGUAGAAUUAAGAAGAAAAUAAUUAAAAGAGUAAAGAAAUAGCUAAUAUAUUUAAACAAUCAUACUAGCUUGAUUAAAAUGAUCUACCUCUCUUGAAUCUAUAUCGAAUACAGCAUAAAUAGUCAAUUAAACACCAUUCUGAAUAGAAGAGUAAAAGUCAAUAGCCAAAAAAAAGAAUACCAAAUGUUAAUUUAAUUAAAAAAAUAGACAAAGAAGAUAAAUUCUUGCCAACUUUUUAUUUAGACUAUUCCUUUAUGUGA